ACGCUCUCUAUUUCUGUAUUGUCACUAUGUGUACUAUUGGUUACGGUGACAUCGCUCCGUUGACUCCAUGGACAAAGAUCUUCGCUGUUGUUUUCGUUUUAUUCGGGUUCGGGUUCUUGGAUAUCUUACUUAGUGGUGUUGUUAAUUACGUUUUGGAUCUUCAAGAGAGUAUGAUUCUCACCGGAAUCCAAACGAAGCAUAAUCAUCAUCAUCACCAUAGAUUCUCUGCUAAAGAUUACAUAAUUGAUUUUGAGAAAGGGAGGAUGAGGAUAAGGAUGAAAGUUGGAUUAGCGUUAUGCGUCGUCGUUUUGUGUAUUGGUGUUGGUGCUUUGGUUUUACAUUUUGUUGAAGAAUUGGGUUUUGUUGAUUCGGUUUAUUUGUCGGUUAUGUCUGUGACUACCGUUGGUUAUGGUGAUCGAGCUUUUAAAACGCUUGAAGGGAGGCUUUUUGCGGCGAUUUGGCUUCUUGUUUCCACUCUUGCGGUGGCGCGUGCGUUUUUGUAUUUGGCGGAAGCGAGGAUUGAUCGCCGGCAUCGGAAAGCUGUUAAAUUGGCGUUGAAUAGAGAUAUCACUGUUGAUGAUUUGCUCAAAGCUGAUACUUAUCAUCAUGGUUUCAUCAGUAAAUCAGAGUAUAUAGUGUUCAAGCUUAAGGAAAUGGGGAAGAUCACUGAGAAAGACAUUAACCAAGUUGGGAUGCAGUUCGAGAAACUUGAUCCUAAUAAUUUAGGAAAAAUCACAUUACCUGAUCUUUUGGGUGGUCCUUUGUGACAAAAGAACAUUCGCUGUCUCUGCUUUUUUUUUUUUUUUUCCUUUUUCAAGAAAAAUAACUGAAUAUAUGUAGCAGCAGCAGUGAUUCAUACAAAGAAUUAUCCUCUCAAAUUAUAAGAGAUGAUAUAAAUGUAUAUGUAUUAUUUUUGCUCUCUAUAAAAAUUCUGUUCAAAG